UUUGUUGUCGGUCUGUCAAUUUCCCGUUUAACAAGCGCCGACGUUAUUACGAUUGAUUUGCGUUCGCGGUGGGGUAAAAGUAUCCCGCAGGUUGUUAUACAAGAAGAAAAAAGGUAGAAAAUAGAAAAAAAAAGGUAUCGAUACGGAAGGAGAUUAUACAAAUCGAGAAUAUCGAUCGACAGCCUCACGACGAAUCUGUGUCAAUUUUAGCGCUUUCCAUUGCAACGAGGUCUUCUUACCGGUGUAAAUAUAGCAUUCCCGUAUAUUCGACGCUACGAACACCGAGCGACUUACAAAGCGUGUACGUUGCACGCUUCGUAGAUAGUUAUACUAUACUAUACCCGUCUAAUUUUUCGCAUGACUGAAGUGAAAUUCGACUUUUUCAAAGCCAACGUUUCGCCUCUCACUGCUAGACAACGCCUUGAUAUGCAUUUUACGAUCUGCACUUACGGUUUUACUAUUUCACUUCAACGCCGCGGCGGCGCGACUUAUAUUUUGCCUAGGUCGCCCGCGAUUAUGGGACGAAAACGAGCGAAUUACCCGCGGAACAGCAGUCAUUCGAACGGCCUACUAUACCGCCCACAGAAUUGGGUCAGUAAAGCGAUCGUAGCAAAAAGUCCAACGCGGUGUCGAGGCUACUUUCAUUGUCGGACGGUCUUCUAUCUUCAUCAGCGCAUUUCUUCGUGUGCGGUGGCUCGUACUCGGUGGUUCGCUGCACUCCGCCUGUAGCUGCUGCAUGGUCUGCGAAAGAUGUGAUCAUCGGAAAUACAGAAAAGUUCGCAAAUUCGAACCGAGCGACGAUCGCCCCAAGAAUAAAGCUAACAUCGCCCUUGCGCUCUACUCUCCGUGCUGCAGGAAUCAAAAUAUCCAUUUAUGUCAACCGUAUCCAUUAUUCUCUUUGGAUUUAAUUAAAACGAUCGUAAUUUUUUAGAAAUGCGAACACGGUGACCUCUCGCUCUCGGUCCUAAAAACCUCGUUUGUACAAAGUCGGGUAAAAUAAUUUGAGAAGCACUCAUAAAUCAUACCUACAUAUUUACGUAUACUUGCGUUGAUUUUCUGUCAGCCAUUAGAAGCCUGUUUAUUUGCGCGAAAAUGUACGCAGUUGUUCCGCAGAGUGACGUUAACUCGAACUAAAGACCCUCUUCUCGUCCUUUUUUAUCCUCAUUUUUCAGCUGAGAACGAAAUCGUUGGAAGCUGCGCACGUCAGCCUUAUACAUAUAAGUAUACCUAUUCGUAUUGCACCGUAGGUGGCUUCGCUUAGCGCAAUAAGUGGACUGAGCUAAAGGAUUGUUAUUAAAAAUUGUUGUCACCCGAAGGUAAAGUGGCGCGUUGUUCACGCUUUUUAGAAACGUAAACUUCCUUGCUUCAGAAAUCGAAUAAAGACGGGAAGCAUGCAAAUUCUAGGUUUAGUCGUACGUCGCUUUUGUUAUGGAGUUUCAGGUGAAAGCUGUGGUCUAUCUGUUCUUGAUCUGCACUCAGAGAAUCUUCUGCGAUAACCAGGAGGUUCUAUCGGAUGUUGCCGAUGCAGAAACGGAUGCGGAUGACGUCGAUUUUCGUCGUCUCGAGAAUGAAUACGCCAUGGAAGGCAAUGUCUCUACGUCGACUGAAGUUUACGGAAAUGCAACGAUUCUGAAAAUUCCGAUCUCCACUACGCCGGCACAAACUGAUUCGAAAAAUCUCAGCGAUUUCAAGCCGAGCGUACAUUUGGGAACCAUCGAAGAAUACCAGUCCACGGACUCCACUCCUUUCAACAAAGUGAAUCAUUUGAAGUUCGAUAAUUUUCUGUCGGCCACACCCGACCCGAAAGCGUGGCGCACCGAUCCGUCAAGAAUUAAUAACGAGAGCAACCACUUCGAAAGAAUUAAUGUCAAUCGAGUCGUCAACCCGAAACACUACGAAAAGCAAAAAUUUUUUCCACCGUCCUUCGGCAAUGAGAAUCGAUAUUUUCGAGAACCGGAUGACGGAGUUCCAUUUCCUCGAGAAUUGUCGGCUUUUCACGGCGAAAAUUUUCAAACAGCUUUCUAUACUCCGCAACCCCAGAUGCUGCGGCCGAUUCAAAGACCAGAAUUUUCUGUGAAUUCGAUACCCGAAAAAAAUUACUUCGAAACAAAUCAACCGCAGGAGUAUCAGCCCCAAGCCUUUGGUUACUCGCAACAGGUUCCUCUUCUCGAAGAGAUUAAUUACGUCACAUCCUACAAAGAUGUCAUUCCAAAUUUUGACUUUAAAAAUCAGUUGAACUUCGAAACGUACGAGGAACAACCGAAUCCUAUCAGACCACACCAUGAUAUACAAGAAGUGGCAAGGCCUCACAAAUUUCCCUACAAAUUUUAUCAAGAACCUCCGAUUUUUAUGGACGGCAACUUGGAAUACUUACCGAACGAACAAGUCGUACACCCCAUCCCGAUCACCAGAGAAAAACGAAUAUCGCCCUGGAAGAAAGUGGUCCAUUUACUCGGAACGAUUCUCCCAUUCGGUCUCCUCCUUGCUACGUUGUCCCCGAGAGUCAUUCAAAUCAGCAACUCGACACAAUCAACUAUACCGCUGUCAAAAUUCAGAGAAGUAAAUCUGCCAGCUGAGCAUAAAAGCAUGAGGAUGGACGAAGACGUGGGUCCUUGCGAGGAGAAAGACAUCUGUGAGAUAAUUCUGGCAGGCAGCAAACCAAAAUCAAAUUUGCUGCAGAACGUUCUAUGGAAUAUCGUAACGAGGACGCCGGAAGAAACUGCCAAGGUAAACGACCUGCGCGAAUUGUUCCAAGCAGUGAAAAAGAAAGAUUGUAAUAUGAUAACUUGUUAAACUGGUUCUGGGCUCCGAUUAAUGAUGUAGCAAACAAUUAGGAACAACCGAGAGGGGAAGGGGUAUGACAAAAAUAAAACGUUUAAUCCUCAUUUUUGUUUUUAUUCGCGUAUAACGACUAUACGUAUAUGGUGCGGCGUAAGUGCUCUCUUUUUUAUCCCUUCUCAUCUUAUAAUAAAGACCAGAAUAUUCGCGAAUGCACGAAUGCAAUCUGGAAAUAAUUUACUUUACGCUUCGGCAGUUUGAAAAAUUCUUAGUCAAUUCUAUUUCCAAGACAUCUGUCGUCUUUUCAUGGCGUCGCGAAUCGUACAUA